AUGACGACUCCGAACCCCGAGCUGAGACGGCAAGUCAUUGCCAUUUACAAAGAACUGUUAUACCUCGGUAGAGAAUACCCUCUUGGAUAUGGCUUCUUCCGCCCGCGCCUGCAUAAGGCUUUCAUGUCCAAGGCGGCAGAGCGGGACGACGACAAUAUUCGCAAAGGCAUCGCCCAGGCUGAGUACGUCAAGAAAGAGAUUGAGAUGUUACUGGAUCAAGUCUUCACCAAGUGUCUCAAUUCCUAA